GGCUUCGUUUCUUGGCUCAGGUCUUGGCCGACAUUGCUGUGGGUCCCGCAGCCUGAACUUUUGGGGGUCUGCCAAACGUUCAACACGCAACCUCGUUCUCUCCCUGGCGUUAGGUAUCUAACGAGGGCAAAUGCCUCGGCGACUGGAGACGACGGAUAACAUGGCAGGCCAUCCGGAUUCCCAACCGAGCCAGGACAGCUACCUGUCCGUGCCGAGCUCCCCCUCGGCCAGCCGCCGGUCCCUUCGACCCGGCACGAGCAGGAGGGUGUCCUCCACCGACGAGGGCCCCGACGAGCUCUCCCCGCUUCUCCAGACUUCCAGAUCGCGAAUACGCAUCCAGAGCGCCCAUGGCUCGCCCAGAGUACCGAACCUAUCGCGAAACCAGAGCUACAGCGGAAGCGUCAAGAGUAUCCGACACCACAACCGAGGGAAUUCAUGGGGCCAGAGACUGAUCUCUGCCCUCUCCGACCGUCCAGACUCAGCCGUAGACGAGCCCAAGACCUCAGUCUUCCCCGACGAACGCGUCUGGUACGACCAGUUCACCUCGACCGACUGGGUACACGAUAGCAUUGCCGAUGCCUACCGCGUAAAGGCUCUGCGCAGCAGGAAGGAUUUCUGGGGGCGGAUCAUCGUCCUGUUCGACGGAGCACAAGGCUGGAUACUCAGUGCUGUGGUGGGCCUCGCCGUCGCCGCCAUCGCAUACGUCAUCGACGUGACCGAAGCCACGGCUUUCGACUUCAAGGACGGAUACUGUGUCAAGGCCUGGUAUCAAAGCGAGAAGACAUGCUGUCCUCACGGCCCUUGCACCGACUGGCGGAACUGGGGAGAGAUCCUUGCCGGUAACCCCCUGGGAGAGAAGUGGAGCGAGUUCGGGGUCUACAUCGUCCUGGUCAUUAUCCUUGCCUCCUUGUCGUGCCUCCUCACCUUGACAACCAAGACGGUUGUACCUUCGGCAUAUCGGUUAACGACGCUUGACGAGAAUCUGGCAGCGGAGAGCACAUUACCCCGAAGCGGCAACGGUGCGGAGACGGAGACGGAGGUAGAGGCGGCCAGUGCCAGCCCCAGCCCGAGCGCCAGCACCAGCACCAGAAACAGCUCGAGGGAUCCCCCCGAAGAGCCGGCUGCGCCUCCGAUGAUCUACUACUCGGCGGCUGGGAGUGGCGUUGCCGAGGUGCGCGUGAUCCUCAGCGGCUUUGUCCUUCACGGCUUUCUGGGACUGAGAACCCUGAUUAUCAAAUCUGCCGGUCUGAUUCUGAGCGUUGCUUCCGGUCUAAGCUUAGGGAAGGAGGGCCCGUACGUGCACAUCGCGACGUGCGUCGGCAACAUUGCCUGCCGUAUUUUCCCCAAGUAUGAUGGCAACGACGCCAAGAGGCGCGAGGUGUUGUCAGCAGCCGCAGCAGCGGGCAUUACUGUGGCCUUCGGCGCACCUCUGGGCGGCGUCCUCUUCGGGCUCGAGGAGGUGGCAUACUUCUUUCCCGCCAAGACUCUGUUCCGAACCUUCUUCUGUUGCAUCACCGCUGCCCUGACGCUCAAGUUUCUGAAUCCCUAUGGAACCCACAAGGUUGUGUUAUUCCAGGUUCGCUACCAGGUGGACUGGGAAUACUUUGAGCUGGGAAGCUUCAUCCUCGUCGGCAUCCUUGGGGGUGUGGCUGGUGCCUUGUUCAUCAAGGCCUCUCGACUGUGGGCAAGGACCUUCCGUGGCAUCCCGAUCAUCAGGUCUUACCCGCUCAUGGAAGUGGUGCUGGUGGCGCUCGUCACCGCCCUCAUUGGCUAUUGGAACGUCCUGACAAAGCUCCCCGUUGCAAAGCUCUUGUACAACUUGGCCGCACCAUGUGACGAGAGGGACAAUAACUUGGAUGACCUCGGCCUUUGCCCUUCCACCAUCAAUGACAUCCCACCCAUCCUCCUCACCUUGUUAGCUGCCUUCCUCAUCAAGGGGCUGCUAACCAUCAUAACGUUCGGAAUAAAAGUACCAGCUGGUAUCUACGUCCCGUCCAUGGUGGUUGGCGGUCUGAUGGGACGCCUGAUCGGCCACAUGGUUCAGUACCUUGUCAUGGCCACUCCGCACUGGGGCAUAUGGGGAAGCUGCCCUGUCGUGGGGGAUGCGACCUGCAUUCUGCCCGGCGUCUACGGCUUGAUUGCUGCUGGCUCGACCAUGUGUGGCGUCACACGCCUUUCCGUGACCCUCGCAGUCAUUCUCUUUGAGCUAACCGGCAGCCUCGACUACGUCCUGCCGUUCUCGCUUGCCAUCCUUGUCGCCAAGUGGACGGCAGACGCCAUCGAACCGCGCAGCAUCUACGACCUCCUAACGGAGAUGAACUCGUACCCCUUCCUCAGUAACAAGCACAAGCCGAUCUUCACGUCCGAUCUCGCCGACAUUGUUCCGCGGGUCCGGCAAGAGCGGGUGAUUGACAUCACCGACUCGCCGCUGGUCCCCGCGCCCAGUCUCCGAAGAAAACUUGAGCUCCUCCAUAGGGCGGGCGAGCUCGACGGGGGCCUGCCGAUCAUCCGUGAUGGCAUUCUAGUUGGCUUCAUCCCCGCGCCGGACCUUGAGUUCGCCCUCGACAGCCUUGACGACGAGGGCUCGGCCCGGUGUCUCAUGACAGACGUGCCGAGAAUCGACGACUCGGACGAUGGGAGCCCCGACCCUACCGACUUCACCCCUUAUAUUGAUCCGGCCCCUGUUGCGUUAGACAUCAGGUCACCCAUGGACCUCGUAUAUGAGUGUUUCGUUAAAUUGGGCCUGCGGUAUAUUUGCAUCUUGCGUGAUGGUCGCUAUGCUGGAAUGACACAUAAGAAGAGGUUCGCCAAGUACAUGCGCGAGCUGGAGGAGAAGGAAGGCAGGAUGUGAACCGAGGGCCGUUCCCGAUGAAAUGUGCGUUAAUGGUUUGUUGUAUUUUUAUAGAACACGCAUUGCAUAGAGGGUGGGCUUAAGUCUAGAUACCCCUGACGUUUUUAAUAAUCACGUCGUUUAGUCAGGGGGAGGUUCCUCGGCGGAGGGGGAUCGAAUUUGCAUAGGCCAAUGUAUGUAUCGUAGCCAUCAGCUUGAAUAUGGCAUAUUUCGCAAUGUUACAUCGCAUCUAGCCUGACGAGGAUCGAUAUGCCAACUGUCGGGGGUACCAUCAACACUCUACCUCUAGAGGCAGUCACCAGGUCUCUUACUAGCAUUCCGGGCAUCUUC